AUGAAGACGUACGACUACAUCAACCGCGUUGAUAUAACGCUUCCGUUUUCGGUCUACGAGGAUAUAAAUCAGCUCUUCUCCAGACCCGCUAAAAAAAACCUUCUCCAGAAGCUUCCCCUCUCGCUCCUCAAGACCGCCCAGGGGCAUCCCAUGCUCGUGGAGCUCAAGAACGGCGAGACCUACAAUGGGCACUUGGUGAACUGCGACACGUGGAUGAACAUCCACCUCCGGGAGGUUAUUUGCACCUCUAAGGAUGGUGAUAAGUUUUGGAGGAUGCCGGAGUGCUAUAUUCGUGGUAACACGAUCAAGUAUCUUCGGGUUCCUGAUGAGGUGAUUGACAAGGUUCAAGAGGAAACUUCUAAGAGUAGAUCAGAUAGGAAGCCACCAGGUGUUGGUCGUGGAAGAGGAAGAGGAGAUAUAGGCACUAAACCUGGAGGCAGAGGCAUUGGUCGUGGCCAAGAUGAUGGCAAAGGCGGUGGCCGUGGAAGGGGCGGAAUUGGAAGUAAAGGUGGCAACAAAGGCGGACGUGGUCGUGGGUAA